AUGUUUACUGCUGCUAUAUCAAAAGUCGAGGAUGUCAAUAUAAGGAACCGUGGGCCCAAUAGAAUAUGCAACAACAAGACCAUAAUAAAUUUUAAAGAUAUUGAUUCACCAGUGGGACUGUCACAAAUAUACGGAAAUUCUAAUAAUUCCUUGAGUUACCUGAAAGAGAAUUUCUAUCAACCUUUCAACGACAAGAAGAGCGGGGUAACGAAUAGUGGAAAUUUUCAGCCAACAAUAAUAGUCAACAAUAAUGAGCGCAUUCUAUCGCGCUCUCCAAAUGAUGCUCCAUUAUCAAGAACUGUGGUAUUAAAAGGUGUUAACUUGAGGCCUUCCGAUGAUAAAUUUUUUUUUGAGCAGUUUUGUGGCAGAUACGGGAAAGUUGCCUGUAUAUAUCUUGAAAAGCCAAAUGUUUCUCAUUUCAAUAUUUAUGUUAGUUGGUUUGACAUUAACUGUACCAAACGAGCAUUUGAACAUAUAGGGUAUGAUUUGUUCAAUGAAGCAAUGAUUGAAUUAUUUGAUGUUCAAUACAUCAUUGACAUGAGGGAUUAUCCUAAUAAUAUUUGCACGAUGAAAAUUAUAACCCCCGUAAUAUAUGCUUGUUUAGUGGGACCAAGUAUAUAUGGCGAAGAAUACCAUAAAAUGCAAUCAGCAAUUUAUAGUUUAUUAGCUUCUGCUGGUGAAAUUUCUUGUUUUGGCUUGACGAAAAGGUAUAUGAAUGUCAGAAUAUUUGAAUGUGGGUAUUUUGAUAUUUCGUGUUCUAGAAGAUGUGUGGAUUCAUUGGAUCAUUCCUUCCUAGGGAGCUCAUGUUUAUUGGUAGACUGUGAGAUUGCUUCUUUAGCUGAUAGAAUUAUACAGUUUGGUACCAGUAGCCCUAAUUCUUCAACAAUUAUUUUCAACCAAAGUGCUAGUGCGACAGCAAAACUACAAAAUUACAGAGAUUGUGAAUCAAUGUUCCUUAAAACCGGAAAGCAACUUGAGUCUGUUUUGAGCGGUCAUAUUUCACUUGAAGAACUCGAAUCUUUAAAAGUUACAAGUGCAAGAGUUGCUUCUAAAAAUAUAAUCGACCUAGUCAGAAUACACAAGGGUUUGGACACCCGCACUACGAUUAUGAUCAGGAAUAUUCCAAACAAGAUCAACCAAAAAUCAUUAAAAUGCUUUAUAGAUUGUACUAACGAGUUCACGUAUGAGUUUCUCUACUUGAGGAUCGACUUUAGUAGCAAUUGCAACGUGGGGUACGCGUUUAUUUCAUUCACAAAGCCAGAACAUAUUAUCGAUUUUGCAAAAUUUAGAGUGGGAAGGAAAUGGAAUUUUUUUGGCUCAGAAAAAUAUUGUGAUAUUUCAUAUGCUAACAUACAAGGAUUAGAAUGUUUGAUUGAGAAAUUCCGCAAUUCAAAUGUCAUGGCCCAACCACAGGAAUACCGCCCCAAAAUAUAUUAUACAAGCGGCGAACUAAAGGGACGUGAAAGACCAUUUCCAAAAAGCAAUAACGAGCUUCGACAUGAAAGGGCUUUGCCAAGUAAUGAUUCAUAG